UAGCGUUGAUGAAUUUAAUUUCGCUUGUUUUGAGAAUCCUUCAGUUUCUCAGUCAGCAAAUGGCGUCGUAAGUGGAAGUGUACGAAAUUUUUUUACGUAAAUGAUGACUGAAUCGAGAUACGUGAUUUUUCAGUUUUAAUUUUUCACUUUUUUAAACGGAUUUAAUUACUUUCUUAUGUGAAGUACCAAUGUCCAAUAUCUCCUUGUAUAGUUAGUGUGGAUUUCGUGGAAAAUCACUAAGUAAUAAUCGAGUAAUACAAGCUUGAAACAAUGAACGAAGAAGCGGAGAUAAAACCUCCCGAAGAGCGCCCUGUUUGGCCUCCUGUUGAAGGAAACAACAUACAAAUGCCUCCACAGCAUUCCCAUAUGCCAAUACCUCUACCUACAACUCCACAGGGAACUCCAGUCAAUCAAGGUUUUGAAUAUGAGCUGCCUUUUGAGUUGGUUCAACAAGGAUGGAAGAAAUUUUGGUCUAAGAGAGAAAAUCGACCGUAUUUUUGGAAUAAACUAACUGGGGAGAGUUUAUGGGAAAUGCCUCCAGUGGUCAAGCCUCAGUUUGAUCCAAUAACUGAUCCUCUUGGUAUAUCAGUACCGCCUACACCUGCCCCACAGCCUAUCCAUCCUCCAGCUGUUAUAGGCAAAAGAAGAGCCUCAGAAGAUCUGCAGUGUCCUCAAGCUAAAAAAUUUAUAUUGGCAGGACCAUGGGAUUUGGAAAUAACAACAAAUGUGAUAAUAUUUGAAAGGCCUCCAUGUAUUUUUAUUCAAUCACAUCCAGAAAUCGAAGCAUAUAGGUGUGCCUUGCUUGCUAAAUUAAGGCAGUGCUACCAGGAAUUGUGUCAUUCUAGAGAAUCUAUAGACGCUCCUAAAGACUCUUUUAAUAGAUGGUUGAUGGAACGAAAAGUUAUAGAUACAGGCUAUGAUCCUUUGUUGCCUAGUAACUGUUAUCCAGAAAUUUCACUGUCGAUGUAUAGAGAGAUAAUGAAUGAUAUACCCAUAAAACUGGUGAGGCCGAAGUUUACUGGUGAUGCAAGGAAACAGUUAUCAAGGUAUGCUGAAGCUGCCAAAUCAAUCAUGGAAUCGAGAAAUGCCGAAGCGGAAAGCAGAAAAGUCGUUAAAUGGAACGUAGACGAAACGUUUCAGUGGUUAAGGAAAACGGUUGGAGCUACCUACGACGAUUUUCAAGACCGAUUGGCGCAUCUGAAGCAGCAGUGCCAACCGCACCUUAUGGAAACGGUGAAAGCGUCUGUGGAAGGAAUUUGUUUAAAAAUAUAUAAUUUAUCUUGUGAAUAUGCUAAGAAGGUGAGGGAGAAGUCCGCUAGUGUGUUAAAGGAACAUGGCAUGGAACUUCCUCCUCAGUCCUUUGCUACACAGGCAACUAGAAAGGUAUGGUGUUAUCCAGUACAAUUUGCAAUAGGUUGUCCCCGAUUACCUAUUGUAGAAUAUCUGCCAGACAGAGACCAAGCAAUGCUGAGGUAUCAAGGAGAAAUGUUGGCAAUUAAUACUCUAUACUUACAAAAAUUGGAACAUUUGUAUAGGCACAAUUGUUUCGACGAUCGAAAAUUUGAGCUGUUUAUUCCCAGGGUGUGGGUGAUGUUAAAACGUUACGCGACGUUUCUAGGUGUCAACCCAUCGCCCAGUCACGCCAACGCAGACUUCAGAGAUACGCAGCAAUCUCUGCCAGUUACGGUUUUCGAAUGCCUGAACAAAGCAUUCGGGGUGACGUUUGAAUGUUUUGGCGCGCCACUGAAUUGCUAUUUUAGACAGUAUUGUUCGGCGUUUGGCGAUUGUGAUUCCUACUUUGGCAGCAGAGGGUCCUUCCUUCAGUUAAAAGCUGUCUCUGGAUCAUUUGAAGCCAAUCCACCUUACUGUGAAGAAUUGAUGGAAGCUUCCAUUAACCAUAUGGAAAGAUUGUUAAGUGACAGUCCUGAGCCUUUGAGCUUUGUAGUUAUGAUGCCUGAUUACCGCGAGCCGACUCCCACCGCUUUAGUGCGACUGGAAUCAAGUCAGUUCAAGAGGAAACAAGUCACGAUUCCAGCUUAUGAGCACGAAUUCAGACAUGGAUUUCAGCAUGUAUUAAACAGGUCAGAGUUGAACAUCCGAUCCAAACACGGCACCGUAAUCGCCUGGCUUCAGAAUUCGGCCGGUCACCAGAAAUGGGAACCGACAGAGGAACGCGUGCAGUCCCUCCUGGAAGCGUUCCGACCCGGCAAGGAACGGGAACGGGAUAGGCAAGAGUUACUCAGUCCGACGCGACAAGGUACCACGUCGGAAAAACCCGACGUCGUUGUACAUUAAUAGUGAUAAGUUAGGUCUAGGCUAGUGGAGAAUUUAUAGUUUUAAAAACAACGAGGAUAAUAAAAAUAUGACAAAAGUUUAGUUUCUUAUCUAUAAAAAAGUUGUUACUUUUAGUGUUGUAAAUAUACAGGGUCGCUUUUAUGU